AUGGUCACAGGCCUUAGCUCCCUACUGGUAGAGUCGCUGACCCCAGGCCGGAUUGUUGCCGCUGUCUUCCUCUUCACCAUCAGCUCCUUUCUUGUCGACUUCACAUGGAAGCCCCGUUACACCAGCUCCCUCCCCAGAGUCGGAUGCGGCAGUGGGGUCUUCGGCACCCUCCAAAACUGGUUCUACUUCGUGACACGCUAUGACAGCUGGGUUUCCGAGGGGUACGAGAAGUACUCUAAAAAUGGCCGCGCCUUUCUUGUCCCCUCGGCCCCGAGCCGUCCGCAAGAGAUCGUUGUACCCCGGCACCAAACCGCUUGGAUGCUCGAGCUCCCCGACCGCAUCCUGUCGACGAAAGAGGCCCACCGAGAUGCCCUCCACAACGACUACCAAUUCUUUGGGGCCGAUGACCAGUUUCCUAUCCAAACCAUCCACAAGCACCUGGCGCGCAAUAUCGUCGGGCUCAUACCCGGUGUGCAGGAGGAAGUCCAUGGCGCAAUAGAUGCCACCUUUGGGAACGAUACAGAGAACUGGAAGACAUUGAAUUUAUGGGAGGCCUGGCUAGGGAUUGUCCCGCGUGUGACGAACCGAAUCAUUGUCGGCUCCCCCCUAUGCCGAAACCCGGAGUUCCUUAACUCUCAAGUUGCUUUCGCCGACGAUGUCGUCCGCAACAGUUUCAUACUGGACAUGUUCCCCCGCCUCUUCCGGCCGCUCGUUGCCCCGUUAGUCGUUCUCUCCAACUGGUGGCACUGGCGCAAGUCUUACCUCCUCGCCAAACCCGUCAUCGAACAACGUCUCUCCGACAUGACACGCAAGGCCUCAGGUACCGAUGCCGCCUACGACGACUGGCAGCCACCAGAAGACAUGAUCACCUGGCUGAUCCGGAAGGCCCAAGCGGACAAUCUCCAGGCCGAGCUCAACGCGGAGAUGCUCUCCAAGCGCCUCCUCCCGGUCGAAUUCGCCGCCAUCCACACCACCGUCCUCACGGGCUUCAACCUCGUCCUGGACCUCCUCGCCUCCGACCCCAUCCUCAAAUACAUCGACACCAUCCGUGAGGAAACCGCCCGCGUGCUCGCCGAAGAAAACGGCACCUGGACGAAACAGGGCCUCGCCCGCCUGCACCGCACCGACAGCGCCAUCAAGGAGAGCAUGCGCUUCAGCCACUUCUCCCGCGCCCUCACCCAGCGCAAGGUGGUGGCGCCCGAGGGCUUGACCAACCCCGCCGAGGGCUGGCAUGCCCCCUACGGCGCCCUGCUGACGCUGGAUCUCGCGGGCACCCACCGCGACGGGGACCUGUACGCGGACCCGGACAGGUACGAUGCCUGGCGCUUUUCGCGCGAGAAGGAGGCGUACGAGGCCAAGGUGGGCGGGGGGAAGGGGGAUGCCGAGGAGGCGAUGCGGGUCAUGCGGCUGGGUAUGGUCACGACGAGUCCGGAGUAUCUGUCUUUCAGCCAUGGGAGGCACGCUUGUCCCGGGCGAUUUUUUGUUGCGCAUGAGCUCAAGAUGGUCUUGGCUUAUCUGCUGCAAAACUAUGACUUUAAGCCAUUGGCCGAGAAGCCGAAGAGCAUGUGGCUGGGGUCGAAUGUCAUACCUCCGGUGCAGACUAAAAUCGAGAUCAGGAGACGGAAGGGGACGAUCUAG